CGUCAACCCCAACGGUAAAUCACACUCCCACAGAAACUGCAGCAAUUCGCGGUUGCACGGUCCCAUAGCCUGGAGCACAGCCUCACUGAAAAUCUUCUUAUCCUUAGGAUCGUCGAAUUCCGCAGCCUGCGGUAUAGCCCAAGGUUCCAUAAACGCCGGCAACCAAGCCCCAAGCUCCCAAUCAAUAAACACGAUAUCGAACUCGUUCCCACCUUUUCCAUUGCCAUUCACUCCCUCUCCACGCGGCGUAAUCAUAAUGUUCCUUGGCUUCAAAUCAAGCGUCCCGUGGGCGAGUCGAGCGGCUGCGGGAUGCUGCGGAGCUUUCGCAGUUCCGAGCCAAUGAUUUUGCAGAUUUGGGAGCGUUGUGUGGGAUUGAGGCUCGGCCAGACUUCUGAUAGGGGGGAGCCGGGGAUGUAUUCCAUGAUUAAAUAGGCGUAGGUUGGUGGGGGCUUGUUUGGGUUUGGGAAGCGUUUGAGAGGGUCGGCGCCUUGGUGGAGGAAUGCGGCGUAGAGUUUUGGGGUGCGGAUGGUAGCAUGCUGGGAGAGGAAGAGGAGAUUUUCUGCUUCCUGGGUGGUGUGAGUGGUGUGGCUUGGAUGGAGUGUUUAAAGGGGGAAGAGGAACGAGGGGGUAAUAUAUUGAUCUGGAUUGAGGUCUUGCGGGUGAACUGUACAUGAAGAGUCUUGAGAAGAAGAAGGAAUUUGUGCGUACCUGCAAAAGGUCAAAGCUGGCCGCAAACUUCACCACGUACUUCCCGCUAAUGAGACGGACAUUGUUGAAUAUUUCACUGGAAUUCCCAAUCUUGGGUCCGCUCGCUAUGUCUUCUGGAGUCGGGAGAGGAGGGUCGAAUUCGCCCGGUGCAUAGUAUGGAAACUUAGACCAAUCGACUAUCCACUCUUUGAGCGUCUGUUCCGAAGUGCAUUUCAACGUAUCGGCUUCUUCCCAGUCUCGAGUCCCGAAGUGCUUAAAGCGGAGGUCAAGUUCGUUGAAUUCGCUCAUUGUGGUUGGUGGGGGAAGGAA